AUGGUCAGUUGCAUUGUUGUCUUGUCUGGACCCAAACACCCCCGUACGCACACCCACACCCCCGUACGCACACCCACACCCCUGUACGCACACCCACACCCCCGUACGCACACCCACACCCCCGUACGCACACCCACACCCCCGUACGCACACCCACACCCCCGUUCGCACACCCACACCCCGUACGCACACCCACACCCCCAUACGCACACCCCGUACGCACACCCACACCCCGUACGCACACCCACACCCCGUACGCACACCCACACCCCGUACGCACACCCACACCCCGUACGCACACCCACACCCCCGUAUGCACACCCACACCCCCGUACGCACACCCACACCCCGUACCUACACCCCGUACGCACACCCACACCCCCCGUACGCACACCCACACCCCGUACGCACACCCACACCCCCAUACGCACACCCACACCCCCGUAUGCACACCCACACCCCCGUCGCACACCCCCCGUACGCACACCCACACCCCCGUACGCACACCCACACCCCGUACGCACACCCACACCCCCAUACGCACACCCACACCCACAAUAA